CUUUUUUUUCACAAACCAUAUUAUCAGAAUGGAUAGAAAUUUAUAAACAAAAUUAUUCUGUAACCGUAAAGGAAGUUUGUCCAGUGAAUAAAUGAAUGAAACUUUUUUUGUUGUGUGUGUAUGGAAAACUAUAAGCAAUGGAGAUUUUAUAUGUGCAUAAAAUACACUAUAUUUUGCUGAAAAAAAGAUAAGAGAAAAGGAAUAUGUUUAAAUAUGAAACGACAAAAUGUUCGUACACUUUCGUUGAUUGUAGUAACAUUCACUUAUUUAUUAUUUGGAGCAGCUAUUUUCGAUGCCUUGGAGUCUGAUUUUGAGGUAACAGAAGAUGUACGCUUAAGAGAUAGUGCUGAGAGUUUACGAACCAAAUACAAUAUAACAAUUGAUGAUUUUGAAAGGAUUACACAAUUAGGCAUACAAAUGAAACCGUAUAAAGCGGGUACUCAAUGGAAAUUCGCUGGAGCAUUCUAUUUCUCGACAACUGUCAUCACUACUAUAGGUUGAUUAAGCCAAAAUGUUCACCAGAUAUUAGAAUGGAAUAGUACUUGUAGACAUCUUUUAUAAUCACUUUUGUUGAUUAUGGUAAAACAGUUUUAAUCCACAUUGAAGUAACACUUAAGCUGAAGGCUACUUCUCUAUCAAUUUCAUUUUAAUGUUAUGGCCAUAGUACACCGAAGACAGUUGGCGGUAAAAUAUUCUGCAUGUGUUAUGCCCUGCCUGGUAUCCCAUUAUGCCUUAUUAUGUUUCAAAGUAUCGGUGAACGUAUGAAUACAAUCAUAACGUAUAUAUUGCAAAAAAUCAAUUUAUUAUGUAAAAUUAAAAAGAUUAUCUCACAAACACACUUAAUGAUUGUUAGCUUUACAAUCGGUUCAACUGUAUUAACCAUCGGUGCUGUUGUCUUCUCACGUUAUGAAGAUUGGAAUUAUUUAGACUCAUUUUAUUAUUGUUUUGUAACAUUGACAACUAUAGGUUUUGGCGAUUUCGUUGCCUUACAACGUAACAAUUCACUAGCUAAACGUCCUGAUUAUGUAGCCUUUAGUUUAAUAUUUAUAUUAUUCGGUUUAACUGUUGUCAGUUCAGUUAUGAAUCUUUUAGUGUUAAGAUUUUUAACUAUGAAUACAGAAGAUGAAAAACGUGAUCAACUGGUAGCAGCUGUACACGCACAAGAAUUACAACGUCUACGUGGUGAUGUGAUAUGCGCUGAUAAACAGACAGAUCUACAAGAACAAGAACAACACCACCACCUCCACCAGCAGCAUCAACAACAACAAUAUCAACAACAGCAACUGGGUUACACCAACAACAAUAGCAUUCAACCUUAUCGAGAGAAUAAUAUAAAUCAUUUUGACAAAUAUAAUCAAAUCAUGUUUAUGACAAAUGCACGUCGUUCAAUACAACUUGAAGGCUUGAAAACACCAUUAAGACGAAAAACUCUGAUGGAGAACUACACAAAAUCUGAUAGUUCUAAUGAGCAUAAUAUCAAUAAUGAUAAUAUCAGUAAUGAAAAUGAAUUAUGCCAUGACUGCUCAAACCAUGAUAAAGCAAAGAUAUUUAAUUUUUGUUUACUUUGUUUAAAAAAGUUACAGUCUUCAUCGCCGGUUGUUUUAAACUCACCUUCUAUUAUAGUUAAUGAUAAGUGUCAGCAUACGCAUGAUGAGAAUUUACUAUUAUCACCAGUAACUAUGUCGAGUAAUCAUGUCAGUAAAUCUAAUGAGAUUUAUAAAAAUCGUUAUCAUUAUCACCAUCAUGACAAUAAAAGGUGUUCAAUGAAUUAUUUUUCUGAAUAUCCUCGUCAACAGUUGACUGAUUACAAUCACUAUUUAGUCUAUGAUCAAGUUGGCCAACGAGUAUCUAUGAACCCUCAUAAAGACAGUUUAAUAAGUGAUCUACCGAAUUCACCGAAUUCUUUGAACAGUGAUACAUGCUGCAGAAAUCCGUACAUAUAUUCGAAUCAUACUGCUCACCCGCACGCGUCCUCAGAUUCUGAAAUGUCUGCACCAGUAGGGCAAAGAUAUCCACAUGACUGUAAUUGUGCACAUGAAAUGCUACAUAGAAAUCAUUUCUACCAGGGAGAUUUUGAGGACGGAGUAGACAUGGAUACUCGAUCAUUGUUACAGCAUAAAAUGUAUGAAGGAAGGAGUGAUAUACAUUCACACUGUUUAUCACAUCAUGAUUGUAAUAAUUAUGCAAAUUAUCCAUUUUUUAACUUUUUUCCAUCCAAUUACAAUCUAUACUCACCCGAUCACUUUGCUUCAUCUAGUAGAGAUAAUAAACCUAAAAAAUUCUUUUCUGUUCCCUCACAUCCUUCUUUUGGUUCUAGUGACUUAAAAGUUCACUGUGACAAUUUACCUCCAAAAGCAUCUUUACAAACUCCUAAACUUUUCCUAUCAAAAAUGAUGACACCAGCAACGAAGUUGUUUCCUUCGUCAAGUCUGAAUAAAAAUCUAUUCAAAUCUGAUCAAUCCUUUGUAAAUACUUCUUCAAAUUGUCAGUAUCCAUCUGAAUGCGUGAAUUUACAGUCGAAUUUAAGCGCUUUAAAUAUAACGCCAACCUCGUAUUUAUCAUAUAAACGCUUUCCUAGAACUCAUCAAGAACAACAGAAAGAAGUCAAUGAAGAAAAUGAAUAUGUCAGAGGAAAUAAGAAACACUUUCUACACGAUAGUGAUAUACGUCGGACAAAACAACCUAAUCAUGAUAUACUACUUAUAAAUGAUUCAAGUAGUGUAGAGGAUGAAAUGAAAUAUUCAGUCGACUCUUCAAUUAUUGAUACAACUCAGAGUAUGACGAGAAAGAGAUGUGUAUCUGUUUGAAAAACAAGACUGGGGAAUUAUUUGGCUUUCGACUUUAUACUACAUCGCUGUUAUCUUUAUAUUAAUAAUAUGACUG